AUGGCCAUGUUCAGCCAGAACUCGGUCCUGGACGGACCCAGCUACUCGUUCGCUGAUGCUCCUAAAGAUGCUGUCGAUGGUCUGCGAGAACAUCGGUUUGACCCGUACACCGACAACGGCGGCUCAACCCUCGCCAUCGCCGGCGCCGACUUCGCCAUCAUGGCGGGCGAUACCCGGUUGACGUCGGGCUACAGCAUUAACACACGAUUCGCGCCCAAGGUAUUCAAGAUUGGGGGCUCAAACUCGUCGCAGGACGACGCCAACAUUCUGCUGUCGGUAGUGGGGUUCGCGGCGGACGGUGAGGCGCUCAAGGAGCGGCUUGACGCCAUUUGCAAGAUGUACCGCUACCGCCACGGUAAGCCCAUGUCGGUAAACGCGUGCGCGAAGCGCCUAUCAACCAUCAUGUACCAGCGACGCUUCUUUCCCUACUACGUGUACGCCAUCCUGGGGGGGCUUGACGAGGAGGGCCGCGGCGCCGUCUACAGCUACGACCCGGUCGGCAGCUACGAGCGCGAGCAGUGCCGCGCUGGCGGUGCCGCCGGCAGCCUCAUUAUGCCAUUCCUCGACAACCAAGUCAACUUCAAGAACCAGUACAUCCCCGGCAGCGGUGUCGGCCACGACCUGAAGGAGCGUGAGCGCCUACCCCUGCCGCAGGACGAGGUCGAGGCCCUCGUCAAGGAUGCUUUCGACUCUGCCGUCGAGCGACACAUCGAAGUCGGCGACGCCCUGCAGAUGGUCAUCAUCACGAAGGAUGGCAUCGAAGAGAGAAUCCUGCCACUGAAGAAGGAUUAA